AAUCUGUCAUUCUGUUUCAUUCGUGUGAUGUGAGCAGUGCGGUUUCAUUUUGUGAAAUCUUAAUAAAAUAAUCAAUGCGAUGAGGUAGCACCGGUUAAUACAUAAUUUAAUCAACAUCUAAGUAAUAUGCCUUAAGGCUUUUGUGUUAUUCGAGGUCAAUAAGUUUUUACGGCAGUAUCGAACAUGAACAAUGCCAUCGUCGCCUGUGACGAAUAUGAAGUCAUUGGUGAAGGGCAAUGGCAGACUUUAGAGAACAGUGGUGAUGAGCAAGUUAUCAAAAUAUAUGGCUUCAAAUAUUCCAAAGUUAGAGCCAUCAUAUUCCACAGCACAUGCAUUUUACUAUGUGGACUGCCAUAUUUUGCUCUCUCCUACUAUCAAUCCUACAACAGACUCAAAUACAUAAAAUGCAGUUUGAAAACGGCUGAAUACAUUUGUGUUACCGACGCCGAUGGCUUGUUCAAAAUAGAAGAAGUAAAAGAAAUUGACCUGAACCUUUCGAACCAAAAAGACAAUAAGUUGCGAUUUUUUAUUUAUCAACACACCCGCUUCAUUUGGAUGCACGAACAAGGAACUUUCAUCAAUGUUUUGGCGCUUAACGAGAAGCUUACUCUCAGUUUGUUGAUGGAAGGUGCAAAUGGUAUAAACAAACGUCAGCAAAAUGAAUUGAUCAAGUUAUAUGGAACCAAUUCAGUGGAAGUUGAAGUUAAAAGCUACUGGACACUGUUUGUGGAUGAAGUCUUCAACCCGUUUUAUUUGUUCCAAGUAUUUUCCAUAAUCCUCUGGUCACUGGAUGAAUACUAUCAAUAUGCAUCAUGCGUUUUCUUGUUGUCUACUAUAUCUUGCAUGAUGGCAUUAUACCAGACAAAACAGAUGAGCAUCAACUUGCACAAAAUGGCGGGCUCUACGAGCGCGUUCACCGUGACAGUUUUGCGUCCGUCACGCGGCACGCGCGAGGAGUGCGUAGUGAAUGCCAGUCGGCUGGUGCCUGGUGAUGUGCUGGUGUUGCCACCUGACGGCUGCGUCAUGCCCUGCGACGCCAUGAUGCUGACGGGAAACGUCAUAGUCAACGAAAGCAUGCUCACUGGUGAAAGUGUACCAGUAAUGAAGGGUCCCCCUUGCGCGACGGCGGAGGUAUACUCAACCGAAUUACACAAAAGAUAUACACUGUUUGCUGGCACGCACGUCAUCCAAACGCGAUUCUAUGGCAAUAAUCAGGUUCUAGCAAAAGUUGUCCGAACAGGCUUCUACACGGCGAAGGGAGAACUCAUCAAGAGCAUUCUGUUCCCCAAACAAUUGGGCUUCCAGUUCUAUAACGACGCAGUGAAAUUCGUUAUGUUCAUGUUCUGUAUUGCCGCUGUUGGGAUGGCCUAUUCCAUUUGGCUGUAUGUUUUAAGAGGGAGUCCAGUCGGCACAAUAAUCCUUCGAACACUCGACAUCAUAACAAUCGUGGUCCCGCCAGCCUUGCCGGCCGCCAUGACAGCUGGCAUAGUGUACAGCCAACAGCGCCUGCGCAAAAACAAGAUAUUCUGUGUGUCCCCGCCCCGGAUUAUCAUGUGUGGGAAAUUGCAAGUCAUGUGCUUUGACAAGACUGGAACCCUAACCGAAGAUGGCUUAGAUUUUUACUCAGUAAUACCAGUGCAAGCCGAAGAGAAGUUUGGCCAGUGUGUGGUGGACGUCAACAACUUGCCAGCUAAAAGCCCUCUGGUUCAAGCCCUUGCCUCUUGCCACUCGCUCACCAGCAUUCAAGGACAACUAAAGGGAGAUCCGCUUGACCUGAAAAUGUUCGAAUUCACGCAAUGGGUACUCGAAGAGCCGGGGCCCGAGAACACUCGGUUCGACAACCUGACGCCCGCCAUAGUGAAGCCGGCCACCUCCCAGGAUGCCGACUUACAGAAUGUGGACUAUGACCCGUUUACUAUGGAGGUUCCUUAUGAGAUCGGUCUGCUGCGGCGUUUCCACUUCUCGUCGUCGCAGCAGUCGAUGGGCGUCAUCGCUCGAGUCCUCGGUCAGCCGCAAAUGGUGUACUUCGUCAAGGGUGCACCGGAAAAGGUUGCCAGUAUGUGUAAGCCCGAAUCCCUGCCUGAGAACUUUAGUUCUGUGUUAAAUGAAUACACGUCAAACGGGUUUCGUGUAAUCGGCCUCGCCCACAAAAAGCUGGACCGCAAAAUGAAGUGGGUGGACGCUCAAAGGAUCAAAAGGGAGGCGCUUGAGUGCGAAAUGAGUUUCCUAGGCUUUCUAGUCAUGCAAAAUAGCCUGAAACCAGAGACCACUCAAGUUAUUAGAGAACUGCACGAUGCAGGAAUCAAGCAGAUAAUGGUGACUGGGGACAACAUAAUGACGGCAAUGUCGGUAGCGCGGGGUUGUUAUAUGGUUCAGCCGCACCAAAAACUGGUUUUGAUCACAGUCGGACAUCAGCAAACUGACCAUUCUAGACCACCUCUCAACAUGGAGGUGGUUGGUGAAGGCUGCCCUCCUAAAAUGUCCAUGGAUGCGUAUGUUCUCGCGAUGGAAGGGAAAACCUGGACUGUUAUUAGGGCUCAUUAUCCUGAGCUCUUACCGGCUGUGCUGAGCAAAGGUCUGGUAUUCGGGCGCUUCGGGCCGGAUCAAAAGACCCAACUCAUCACGGCGCUGCAAGGCGAGGGCCUCAUCGUGGGAAUGUGCGGCGACGGCGCCAACGACUGCGGCGCGCUCAAGGCCGCGCAUGUUGGCAUCUCGCUCUCCGAGGCCGACGCGUCAGUGGCUGCGCCGUUCACGUCUCAAGUGCAGAACAUCAGCUGCGUCAAGCUUUUGGCGCUGGAGGGCCGAUGUGCUCUCAGCACGUCCUUCGCCAUAUUCAAGUAUAUGGCUCUCUAUUCGCUUAUACAGUUCUUCUCCAUUCUCAUUUUGUAUAAUUUCUACUCCAUCCUGGGCAACAACCAGUUCCUGUACAUCGACCUGGUGCUGACGACGCUGCUGGCGCUGUCGCUGGGGCGCGCGCGGCCCGGGCCCGUGCUCACGCGCCGCUCGCCGCCCGUGUCGCUCGUCGCGCUGCCCAGCAUCCUGCCGCUCAUCCUGCAGGUAUCGUUGGUGCUAGUCAUGCAGCUGGCACCGAUCUACCUGCUCUACGCGCAGCCUUGGUUUGUGCCAGUCGUUGGGGGUCCAGAAGUCGAAGAAGUUAGAUGCUGGGAGAACACAGUGAUAUUUAUAAUUUCAUCGUUCCAGUAUUUGAUAAUGGCGUGCGUGUACGCUAAAGGAUGGCCGUUCCGUCAACCUUUCUUUAAUAAUUACGCAAUGGUGAUAACAUUGCUGAGCCAGGCCGUGUUCGUGGUGAUGCUUCUUCUGUGCCCGUGGCAGUGGGCGGCGCGCCAGAUGGAGGUGGUGGAGGCGGCGCCCGGCGACGCGCCGCAGACCAUGUUCCGCGUCUACCUGCUCAUCAUACCCGUCAUACACCUUAUCUUGGCUAUAGGGAUAGAGGCAACACUAUCGGACACCGAGAAGUUCCGAACUCUGUUCAAAAUGGUGCGACGGCGGUGCGCCGACGUCGAGGAGCCGCCGCCUGAGGCCGCCUGCCCGCUGUGGGCGCCGCGCGAACCUGCGCACGUCUGCUGACUGGUACGAGGCACUUUACGAGAUACAUGUCUCUUACGGGUCUGGGCCCGAUUCUGAGACGUCAGUACUUGUAAUAAAGUCCACUAUAGCUUACUUCUUGAUGUAAUGGGACGGUGACUACCAUUGAGGUCGCAAUCAGGGUUCGGAUAUUAUCAGGCAAGUGACAUUACUUCUUAUGAGAUGUCAAAACGUUGUUCGUCUGUAGAGAUUGUGUGAAAUUACGCAUGUUUGACUCGAAGCUUCAGUUUUCCAAAGGCAACUGACCAAAAAAAUAAUAACGAACCAGCUAUUGAUACAUAAUUAAAAAUCGACAUGAGCAUUUAUUUUUGGAUAGUGUCCAAUCCCCAAUUUUUAUGUCGUGACCUAAUCCGUCACAGCAAACUUUUGAGACUCACGUGACCAAAUUAGAUCAGAUUUUGGCCAAAUAUAUUGGGAAAUGGUGUCAACUAAAUCAUAGAAGCCUCAAAUAUAAGUAUACGUAUUCUUUGGUGCUGUCCUAUUUUAUACUUAAGAAGGAAAAGUAUAGACUGACUUUAGACAUGAAAAAUGUCUUAGAAUCGGGCCCUAUAAAUUGACGACAAAUUAAUAUGCUUGGCAAUGUGUUAUAGAGUAAUCUAUCCAAUUCUAUUGUACCAGUUUUUAACUUAAAAACUUUCCUAAUCUUCCCAAAGAAUGAUCAUUUUCUAAGAAAAGAUAUAGCACAUUUUUUAAAAUUUAGUUUAGAAUGAAAACUGUUACAACAGAAUUGACAUUUAUUAUCAUUUGAGCAAUACUGUUGGCAUGUAAGUAACACAUUGUCAAAUAUAUUCAUUAUUUAUACACACCGUAACGACAUUCAAUGGAAAAUGUAGGAAGAAUGUCUCUAAGAAUAUGGGGUAACCCUUAUUCGCUAUCUAAUACGAGGCAGUAUCAUCUAGUGAUAUGUGUGAUUAGUGAGAUAGUUUUAGACGAUUGAUCGCCGCCAAGCAACUUAAUGUGACCAAAAAUAUGUGUUAGUGAAUUUGUCAUCUAUAGGAAAAUAAAUCUCGCAACCUACCAGUGUACACAUGCUUCUAUACAAUGUAACAUUCGUUGUCGAUUUCGUUUCUAUUACAUUUUUUACUGUAUGUAAAGUGUUCAUGAAAUUAAAUAUGUCAAUAAUGUUACUUGUCUAGAAAUAUUGUUUGGCUCAUGCCGUAACUAGCAAUCAAUUUUAUUGUAACAUUGAUCAUUCAAUCAAUUGUAACAUUGAUAAUUAUUUACCAACGUGUUGUUAACUGGUAAAUAUUGCAGGUAUUAUGUUUGCACUGCUAGACAACUGUCACAUAGCACUUAUAAUUUUAAUUUAACAAUGCAAUUUGUACAAUUAAAUAGUAAACUUAAGACUUAAACAAGAUACUUACUAAACAAUUCUACUUAGUUUUUUACCAGUGUUGAUGAAAUAGAAAAUGGUUCAAACAUUGGCAUGCUACUUACGAGGCGAGGUCUACCAUGCGACGUAAAACACGAUAUCAAUAAUUAAAUAAUCGCUUGUGUUAUUUUUAUGCAUUUCAUUAUUUUGAGAGUUUAUUUAAAACAGGUUAGUGAUAGAGAUAUUCACUCGAAUAAGUAACCAGGUUAUUGUAACAUUGGGUUUAUUGGAAAGUUAAAACCAAAAAGAUAUCCCAGUGAGACAUGCAAUAAAUAUUACACUUUAAUUAAAACGUUUCAGACGAUCAUUUUACGCCUAUUACCUAUUGUAACAUGCGUGAUGAUGAAUAAAUUGUGAAUUUUGAAGGUGUUAUACACGCAUCCAUAAUUUAAACCGUACUAUACUGUGCGAACUCUGUUGCGUAUGAUACAACGCAACUGGUUAUUGCAAUAGGGUUUGAUAAAUUAAAGUAUUUAUUACAUUGCAUAUUUAUACACUUGACGUAGCUGUGUAUCACACCUUUUCGAAUUGACAAUUCAGUGAUUGAUAACGAAUUCUCCAUAGUUAAUACCUCUAGCCAAUUUUACUUAAUCCCCCUAAAUUAUAAUCAUAAAUUAGAUAGAUAGGUAUUUAUAAGUGAUGUCCUAUUUUAUUGUAGAUAAAUGAUCAUACUAGUUUUUAUAAUUGAGAUUCUUUGAAAAUAUUAUUUAGUAUGAUUUAAAAUCGGGAAUUUCUUAACAGUAUGUACUUAUUGUUUUACACUAAUUAUUAGUGAUUUUAGAUUUAUCUUUAUUUUUGUAUAGUUGUAUGCGGUAUAAUGUGAAUGAAAAUUUGAGUUGUUGUUAGUUUUUAUUUUAUUGAGUGUUUGUUUAGCUGAUUCAUUUCAAUUGUUUCACAUUUCUUUAAUAUUUUUUAAAAGACAAUGUGCACAAAUCGUUUUGUAUAAUUCGCUAUACUAUUGUGUAUUAUUUAAUCAAACCAUGAAAUCUUAACUAAAGAGUAAGGCGGUUAUCACACUGCGCCGCGCUCCGACGCGGAGCGCGU